AUGACCAAGAGUAGAUUUGAAGCAUUUGAAAGAGAAUGGAAUGACCACCGUACUGCCCUUGUUGUCCCCUUCUUUAACGACAGAAACAAUCAAAGACUGCGUGAAAGGGCAGAGGCUACCCUCUUGCUCACGGACAACAUUGAGCAUGAGUACGCUGUAACAGUUGAUCAGCUGUCGUUUCUCAAUUCAAGACAUUUCUCCAUUACAACAAGCGGCUAUAUAGCAGGCUUAAAGCGUCAGCUUUUAGCAAAAAAUCAACCAACUUGA